GUCUGAGAGUGAGAGAAACAGAGAAAGACAGAGACAACAGUAGAUAGAGAAACAGAGGAAGAGAGAAAACACAAUGAGGCCGUUUGGAAAUUUGAAGCCAGACAGCCUGCCCAAAUAUAAUAUGUAGAAUGGAAAUAGGACUUUCAAGACCCUUUUGACAUCAAGGACCACAUUCUGAGGUGUGAAGGUGUUGUUUUAUUGAGCCACGUGUCUGAAAUACCUCAACAACUAUCAGAAUCUGAUUAAUAUCAGGAUUUGCCCCCCAGAUCCACUGACCACGUUACUUCGACCAUGACACAAUAAUCUUCACCGUCCAGAAACCUGAAAUAUUACAUUCACCCCUGAAUGCAAGAUGAGGAUAAGUGUGCGGGCAAAUAUAUUAAAGGAAGUCCGCCUGCGCUGUCAAUCACUUGGUGCCAACAACAACAGUGGUUACCGGCAGGAGUUUGAGGAGCUGAAUGAUGUUGGUAAAGAGUACUCUACCAGGGCUGGAGACCUGGUGGCCAACCGGGAAAAGAACAGAUACCCACUCGUAGUACCAUACGACCACAGUCGAGUGAAACUGUCCCUGCUGGACUUGCAGCCACACUCAGACUAUAUCAACGCUAGUUAUGUUCCUGGCGGAUGUACGGAGAGAGAUUUCAUCUGUACCCAGGGUCCUAUGCGCAGCACCAUGGCCGACUUCUGGAGGAUGGUGUGUGAGCAGAACGUCAAAAUCAUUGUCAUGCUGACUGCCCUGAAACAUAAGGAUGUGGUGCUGUGUGAUCAAUACUGGCCACAGGAGAGAGGAACCGUAUCGUAUGGACAAGUCCAGGUGACCACAGUAUCUUGCAAACGGGGUCCGGAUUAUUUCAUUAACACCAUUCUUUUACGACAGAGGGGCUGUCCCGGAGAGAGGGUCAUUACCCACUACCAUUACACCCUCUGGCCAGACAUGGGAGUCCCCAAGGACGCUGCCUCCCUCUGCGCCUUCACAGAACAUGUUCGUCAGCAUCUGGACACUCUGCCACUUCUGGGGCCCACGGUGGUCCACUGCAGUGCAGGUGUUGGGCGCUCCGGGACAUUCGUGACUCUGAUGUGGCUGAUGCAGCUCUGCAUGCGUGAAAUCCGGCCUGAUGUCAGGGCAGCGGUGGAGGACCUGAGACGACAUCGGGUCAUGAUGGUCCAGAACCUGGAGCAGUACAUAUUUGUACAUCAGUGUCUGAUGCAUUGGAUGAGUGGAGGGACCGCAGAGCCUCAAGUGAGCAGUGUACAGAGUCAGGCCAGCGCUCCCUGGGGACACAAUCAUCACCACACGUCUUCAAAGCGUCCGAGUAGAGGAAACAGGUCAAAGAAGCACCGGCAGGACACGGCGCAGCACACACCCCAGGCCAGGGCCCAGGGAUCUGUAGAACAACUGCUCAAUCCUGCUAACCUGUUGAGAAGACUGCUGCCUGCCUCUAGACAUAACACAUAAAACACACACCGGAGGAAUUUAGAGUCCUACACCAAAAAACAGGCAGGCACAGGUAAAUAAAUAAAUAAGAAUAUUCAAAUGAUCCAAAAAAAAAUUUUCCCAGAAAACUGUUCUUUUUAAUCUUUUGACAUACAAGAAUGUAUGUAUUUGAUUCGGUUUGCAUUUCAACAAAACCAAAGAAAUCUGCAUAUUUUACAAUAUCUUAGUUUAUACACAAAGAAACCUUGAAAUGGCCCAGGCAAUAUUAUUUGCACCUUUAUACCUUUCGAGUAGGUGAUUCUCCUUCUGAAUUGAACAAGUGGUGCAUGUAACACGAAAAUCGCUAAUUCUGCAACUUUGAAUAAAGGAAAUGUCUCCUGUUUUGUUUCACUGUGCGUACAGCAAUGAGCAUGGAGAAAAUAAAAAAUAAACUGAA